AACAACUUCUGGUACCAGCUGGAGUUUGGUGAUUUUCUGGAUGUGAGAAUUUUCCCACUGCCCGGGCCACAGGUGUCCCGCGGCCCCCACCCGCCUCUCCGGGCCAUUGACUCCCCAGAACACCGCCCAAUUAUUCUCCCCGCCCGUGACAAGCCUCAUGCAUUAUUCCUGGACCCAGCGUGAAUAUGAAUAGUGCGCUGUGUGGUGUACUCCGCCGAGCAUUAUAAAUAGCAGGGCACGACUGGACAUUGGCAGUCAGUCAGAGAGCUAGCAGGACGGGAGAGAACUUCGUACAAGCGUGCCGACCAACUCGUCAAGAUCGUAGCUUCAUCUAGCCGUGUUGUUUUACUCUGUAGAAACGUGGUCCAUCGUUGUAACGUCUAGCCAGUUUUCGGGAACCGAUCGUACAAUUUUUGCUCAAGUUAACGUUUCUGGCCUGCGGACAACCAACCGUCACUCUAACAAGUGGUAGAAAUUCCAUCACAGAACUGUAGCGGGAGCGAAGGUUUCUUUGAACACCAGACGUCCAGAUCUCAGCCGGUCAAACCUUCCUCGUACUACCGUUGAGGAAAAGUAGGAGAGCCCGCCGUCUGAGAGGAAAAGUUUGCCGUGACGCAGUUUGAAAAUCCGUUCCGUUAUUUCCGUCUAGUCAGUCCGCCAUCAUGCCAGACUUCGAGAGCAUGUCGCUUGUCCAGAUGCAGGAGGAACUGUCCCAGAUCACUCACGGGUUCGCCGAGGACAUCGCGCCCAGCUCUCCCGAGCAGACGCCGGAGAACGACGCCGGGCAGAGGGAGCAGGACAAGCCGAGGAAGCCCAAGAGAAGGAGGCGGAUGCUGACGGGGGUGAGCAAGCAACGACGCGCCGCCAACGCGCGGGAACGCCGCCGCAUCCAGGGGGUCAACAUGGCGUUCGUGGAGCUGAGACAGAACCUGCCCGUCUUGUCCAAGGUAGAGGUGUCAAAGAUAGAGAUCCUGCGCCUGGCGUCCAAGUGGAUCGCGCACCUGACCACCGUACUGCUGCAGGAUGACGAGCGGCGGGGGUGGGACUCCUGCUCCGAGGACGGGUCCGGUAGUAGUGACGGUGACGGAGAGGCGGCCAGCCUGCACCCCAAGUCUACACUCAAACCAGAGAUCCGAGAGAACCUAGACGACAUCUACACCAUCCGGGAUGACGACACCGACAACUUCGUCAUCUGCAGAACCGGCGAAGAGGAGGAACUGGAGCAUGCGCAGAGCCUGUCCGUGACGUCAGCCUUCUCGCCCGCCCUCCCCCUCUCCACGGCCACGUGCUGACGUCAUCAAUGUCACGACAGCCACAAAAGUUCGGAGUGCCAAAAUCCAGACUUCAACAGUUACCACGAUUCCACACGAAAACCAAGCAGACGUAGAGACACCAAUGGCGGGAAAGAUCACCUGAUGAACAGCUCGAGUUUGAAUUUGAGUCAAAAGUCGUCUGCAAAUCAAGAUCAUCGUCAGAGACUCUUCCUGAUUACGCACUAGUCACCUUUCAAACACACUUUAUCUCUGAAUGUAAUAGUAUCAGAAUGCACGGUUCUAUACGUAGACAAGAUCCUUCGGAAGGCAAAACAAAAUACGUUGUAUCGUUCUCUUUAGACUUAUGGCUGAUCGGUCCGAAUGUGUAUAUACUUGCAUCACCAUAGCAAAUGUAAAGAUAGCGAAAUAGCGUUUGAAUAUAUUAUAUAUAGACCAUAAGUACCCAUCAAUUCUCUACAUGGUCAUGUUUUAUAGUAUGGAUGUGCUUUAGGUUAGGAUGAACAUGUAAGGAUAGAAGAUCAUACAAGGUACUCUGUUGUAAGAUAGUAUUGUUGUUAUGAAUAUCGUUGUUUGUAAAUAAGAAAUUAGAUAUAUUUCUAUAGCCAAUUUGCGAGCCAAUCUUGAUACGACAAAAAUUGCGCUAAGGACAAUGUUAUAUGAUUUACCAAAAUGUAAAUUUUGACGACGUUUGAAUUGACUGAUUCACUUUUUUGGCCACCUGAAAGAAAUUUACUAAAAAUUUACUAGUCAAUGAUUGAGGACACUACUAGUAUCUCUAGUAUGGGUGUUUCGAAACAAACUAUCAAGUUCCACCUACAAGUACAAGAAUAUCGAAUAAACAGUUUUAUUUGGUCC